GAGGUUUCGUUCUGGAUGCUCUUGGUUUAUAGAUGAUUUGCUGUUACCAGCUUCAGAAUUAAUGAGGAACCCACUAUAUGAUGGACAAAUCUUGGAAAGGACGACAGGGAGCGAUCAAAAGCCUUCGACGUGCUCGCACAGGCCAGGAUGGAUUGGGCGGUCUUCGCUCGCAUAGCCCUCGGAAGAGCCUUGGGAAAUGUACGGGCUUAUGUACUGAAUGCGGUCAGAGCUAAACUCCUUUCUUCAAAGAAGAAGCUUGUGAUCGAGACUACGGCAAGCAGCUCUUCUGCUGUCAAGGAAAUAGAAAACACCAGCUCCGACGAGUUUUAGCCCAUCUGCUACUAUUUUUCUCUAGUUUGCUGCACUUAUAUAUCACUAUCAUAUCAUUUGCCUUAACUCUACUCCCGCUUUUGCGUAUCACUUAUUUGCAUUCCGAGAUUCUCAUUGUUUAAACG